GCCGUCGAUGAGGAAGUGCGACUCGACCUGCGGCGAGGAGGGAAAGAAACGGCUCGUCUCUGUAGUUCCUGGAAGGAGCGUGUCACCGAACACAGCGCGCACACUGGCGACAACAACACCGGGAAUAUCACCGAGGAUGUCAACAGAAUGAAACCAGCAACUGACUGGCGCCGCCACAGCGGUAAAGGGUUUGUGGAGAGAAGGAAAGUGAGAGAGGAAGAGGAGGAGGAGGAGGAGGAGGGGUAGACAGGCUGGCAGACAGGUGCGACUCUCUAGCCUGUUCCGUUUUCUCUCGGUACUAGUACAGCCAUGGAUACCCGCAAGGAGAAUAAGGCGAGAAAACAACCCAUGAAACCCAAAUCGGCAACGCGAAAAGAGAAGAAAUACAAAACCGGGAGGUUUAUGAGGAGGAAAUCGUUGCGCUCGUUUGGGAAUUUCAUGGGAAGGAUCCUUAAAACUUUGGGCACUUUGAGGCACUUUGGAAACGCGGAAUCUCCGGACGCAGAGGACGACGACGGCGGCUUCGGCCAAACCGCUUCUUCUUCUGGGGGUUUCAAAGACGACUGUUCCCAUGGCCCCAGAGAGGGAGCCGUGAAGAAGAGCUCCACGGUGUCCUCGCACGGCUCCGUGAAGGAGAGGCUGUCGUGGUGCUACGGCGACAAGACCCCCGGAGUGCUGGGUCUGAAGAACCACGGCAACACCUGUUUCAUGAACGCCGUGGUUCAGUGCCUGAGCAACACGGACCUGCUGGCCGAAUACCUCGGGCUGGAGCAGUACAAGUCGGAUCUUAUGUGCCAACAAGGAAGGGUGAACGGUGAGCUGAAGGCAGAGGCGGCUCAGACCGCCCGUGGAGAAGUGACGGAGCAUCUGGCGUCUCUGGUGCGAGGGCUGUGGACGCUGGAGUACACGCCUCACCUGUCCGUGGAAUUCAAGAGCAUUGUGGCAAAAUAUGGCUCUCAGUUUCGUGGGAACUCUCAGCACGAUGCCCUUGAGUUCCUCCUCUGGCUUUUGGACACAGUUCAUGAAGAUGCCAGUUCCAGCCUCAACAAUAACAACAGCAGCAGCAAGACCAAAGCUAACACCAAGGUGAGUCCAUAG